UGGCUGCCCCUGGCCCAGCAGCCCCUGCCCCCGGCGCCAGGGGUGAAGGCCUCUCGAGGGGAUGAGGUUCUGGUGGUGAACGUGAGCGGACGGCGCUUUGAGACCUGGAAGAACACGCUGGACCGCUACCCGGACACCCUGCUGGGCAGUUCGGAGAAGGAGUUCUUCUACGAUGCUGACUCGGGCGAGUACUUCUUCGAUCGCGAUCCGGACAUGUUCCGGCACGUGCUCAACUUCUACCGCACCGGCCGCCUGCACUGCCCGCGGCAGGAGUGCAUCCAGGCCUUCGAUGAAGAGCUGGCCUUCUACGGCCUGGUGCCUGAGCUCGUUGGCGACUGCUGCCUGGAGGAGUACCGGGACCGUAAGAAGGAGAACGCGGAGCGCCUGGCGGAGGAUGAGGAGGCCGAGCAGGCCGCCGAAGGGCCAGCCUUGCGGGCCGGCAGCUCCCUGCGCCAGAGGCUCUGGCGGGCCUUCGAGAACCCGCACACUAGCACCGCGGCCCUCGUGUUCUACUACGUGACCGGCUUCUUCAUCGCCGUGUCAGUCAUCGCCAACGUGGUCGAGACCAUCCCGUGCCGAGGCCCCAUGCGGCAGUCCCCCCCCAGGGAGCAUUCGUGUGGGGAACGCUUCCCGACGGCCUUUUUCUGCAUGGACACGGCCUGCGUGCUCAUUUUCACGGGUGAAUACCUCCUGCGGCUCUUUGCUGCCCCCAGCCGCUGCCGCUUCCUACGGAGUGUAAUGAGCCUCAUAGACGUGGUGGCCAUCCUGCCCUAUUACAUCGGCCUUUUCGUGCCCAAGAACGAGGAUGUGUCUGGCGCCUUUGUCACCCUUCGCGUGUUCCGGGUGUUCCGCAUCUUCAAGUUUUCCCGGCACUCACAGGGCUUGCGAAUUCUGGGCUACACACUCAAGAGCUGUGCUUCUGAGCUGGGCUUCCUCCUCUUUUCCCUCACCAUGGCCAUCAUCAUCUUCGCCACUGUCAUGUUUUAUGCCGAGAAGGGCACAAAGAAGACUAACUUUACUAGCAUCCCCGCAGCCUUCUGGUAUACCAUUGUCACCAUGACCACACUUGGAUAUGGAGACAUGGUGCCCAGCACCAUUGCUGGCAAGAUUUUCGGAUCCAUCUGCUCACUCAGUGGUGUCCUGGUCAUCGCUCUGCCUGUGCCAGUCAUUGUUUCUAACUUCAGCCGCAUCUACCACCAGAACCAGCGCGCUGAUAAGCGCCGAGCACAGCAGAAGGUGCGCUUAGCAAGGAUCCGGUUGGCAAAGAGUGGCACCACCAACGCCUUCCUGCAGUACAAGCAGAACAGGGGCCUUGAGGACAGCGGCAGUGGGGAGGAACAGGCCCUGUGUGUCAGGAACCGUUCUGCUUUUGAGAAACAACAUCACCACUUGCUGCACUGUCUAGAGAAGACAACGUGCCAUGAGUUCACAGAUGAGCUAACCUUCAACGAGGCCCUGGGUGCGGUCUCGCUGGGUGGCCGCACCAGCCGCAGCACCUCUGUGUCCUCCCAGCCAGUGGGGCCUGGCAGCCUGCUAUCCUCUUGCUGCCCCCGCAGGGCCAAGCGCCGUGCCAUCCGCCUUGCCAACUCCACUGCCUCGGUCAGCCGUGGAAGCAUGCAGGAGCUGGACACGCUGGCGGGGCUGCGGAGGAGCCCUGUCCCUCAGAGCCGCUCAAGCCUCAAUGCCAAGCUCCACGACAACCUUGACCUGAACUGUGACAGCCGGGACUUUGUGGCUGCCAUCAUCAGUAUCCCUACCCCUCCUGCCAACACCCCAGAUGAGAGCCAACCUUCCUCCCCUGGUGGCGGUGGCGGGGCCAGCAGCACCCUCAGGAACUCUAGCCUGGGUACCCCUUGCCUCCUCCCUGAGACUGUGAAGAUCUCUUCCCUGUGAGGGUUAGGCCCAACCAUCCAGAGGGCCCUCUUGAUUCUUGGGGAUUCCUUUCCAAAGCCAUAUUUUUGGGGAGACAGACAGGGGCAGGCCUGGGGAAACCCUUCUGCCCCCCACCCCCUAUUGAAAACUAUGCAAUGGAGUUGCAUGGAAUGGCCUACCUUGUGGGGAAUGUAGCCAGGGAAUGGGACACCUCCCCCACCCCAGACAGAUUUCCUGGUGGGAGCUGAAUUGCUAGGCAUCCUCAGGCCCCAGCACACUGGGACCAGACCCUCCCCUCAGCUGGCCUCCUGCAUGCUCCUCCCCUUGGGUCCUCAGGCUCCCACCUGACAUCUGAGCUCUAGCCUGAGAAGAGGUGAGACUUCCUCUUCUCUCUGUCAGGGGGGUGUGGAGGUUUGGGGAUUCAGGGAAGAGAAGCAUUACCUCUUAUCUGGCCUCCAAGAGAGGUCCCCACCCUCCACCAGGCCCAACAACACCUAAAUUCCAAAGCUUGGAAUGCAACCACAGGCUUCAUGGGCUGUGGCCUCAGCAGUGACCUUCUACCCCCAGGCCUUGCCUCGGGGGUCAGGCUGCCUCUCCCAACACACAUGGAUAGCACAAACACUACCCCCCUUCUCUGGCUGCUGGAAAUGGGUCCUUGCAACUCCAUCCUCUGCUGGGCCCCCAGCAAACUCUAGCAAUAGCAGCUGCUGCUGUGACAUUAUGCAAAGCCUCUGCCCAGUUUGCUGCAUUUACAUCUGCCCUAAUCAGAGGGGCCACCUCUAACACUCCUCCUUCUCUCCCCUCUGGUUUGCUUCUUUCCUGGGUUGGGCCGGAGUCUGGACUGGCUGAGAUAAGCACCUGGCAACCAACAGGGGUUGGGCUGGGUUUGGAGAUCAUGAGCUGAUUCCUUGUGCUUGGGCAGGAGUCCAGAAGCGCCAGGGGCUGAGGCCUGGGUUGUUCUUGAACUCUGGGAGUUGUAGAAGGCAGGAGGAACUUCUCUCCUCCUCCCCACAACACCUUUUCACAUAUUCCUCUCUCUUCUCCCUCUUGGGUCACCUUCCGGAACUCUGUGUUUGCUCUCAGGCUGAUUAUCUGGCAUCAUCUCAGGUUCCCUGUCCCCGUGGAGCUGGUGGCUGACAAAGAUGUAGUUUUCAUCAGUCAAUAAAACCUGAGAGGAGAGAUGAG